ACGGGGCUACAGUUUCUACAAUGGCAGCAUUUGAAGGAAUGACAAAAGAAAGGCCUGGCUCUUUAACAAAACCAUUUUCAAGGUUAAAGGCGGUGCUCAAAGGUGCUUUCUAUAUAAAAAUGAAGCCUGGAGAGGUGGACUCAGUUAUUUUCUUGGAAGGUCGUGGCAGUAGCACUAAUGAUGGCAAGCCCUCAUGAGGAGCAGUGGAUGCGCAAGGCCAGGAGAGGAGAGGGGGCUGUGGAAUGCAUCAGCAAGCACCCCCUGCAGAACAGGUGGGCCCUUUGGUUCUUCAAAAAUGACAAGAGUAAGACCUGGCAGGAUAACUUGCGUCUUAUCACCAAAUUUGACACCGUGGAAGACUUCUGGGCGCUGUAUAGCAACAUCCAACUGGCCAGCAAGUUGACAUCAGGCUGCGACUAUUCCCUUUUCAAAGAUGGCAUUGAGCCGAUGUGGGAAGAUAACCGGAAUAAGCGUGGUGGGCGUUGGCUUAUCACAUUGUCCAAGCAGCAGCGGCAUGCGGAGCUUGACCAUUUCUGGCUGGAGACUCUGCUGUGCCUGAUUGGAGAGAUGUUUGAUGACUACAGCGAAGAUGUCUGUGGGGCCGUCAUCAACAUCCGUGCUAAGGGGGACAAGAUCGCAAUCUGGACCCAGGAGGCAGAGAACCGAGAUGGCGUAAUACAUAUCGGGCGUGUUUACAAGGAACGCCUGGGCCUGUCUUCCAAAGUGGUGAUUGGUUAUCAGGCUCAUGCAGACACUGCCACCAAGAGUGGCUCCCUCAUGAAGAACAAGUUUGUGGUGUGAAGCCACUACGAUAGACCCUUGAAGUUGGCAGGAUCUUUGGGGAAGCAGGAUGGAUGGGUAUAGAUUGCAUAAUGCUCCCAUGGCUUUUGUUGGCUCUCAACAUUAUUAAAGAAUUGAGGCUAAA